CCGACGCCCUCAAUUCCAUUAUGUUUGCCAAGUAGCUGCAGCGGAGGGGAAGGGCUGCGGUAGUACUACAUGCAGCACAUCCGCGACCUGCAACUCCAGAUCUGGCAGAAGGCCCACAACCUCAACCACCUCAAGGCCCAGCGCAACGACCUGCUCGCUCCUUCUCAGCGUCCGCAAUCUUGUGGCCUCGCCCAGGCGUCACCGAUCAACGUCCCUGGUUAGUGGUCGCCGCAAUGAGAGCGUUGCCGCCGACGUUGACCUUGGGGUGGAGGGGCAUCUUGGGCUCUUGGUCUUCGGGGGUGGCGGGGAGUGAGGGCACGCCAUCCCCUUAUGCUCCUCUCGCCUAAUUUCCAUCACCGACGGUGGCUACCCGUUCAAUACACGCCGCGGCAAGCGGCGACGCUAUUCCUUCGUCCCGCAGCGCAGCCUUGCCGCAUGCAUGUUGUCGUCGCCCUCCGUCCACACCAUGGCCGCACACAUCUCUAAGAAUCCAACCCUAUAGGUCUGCACGGUCUAACCUUCCCUGCCACUGUGCCUCACGAAGGAGCGGCUUGCAGCUCAGCUGCCAUGUCUUCACAUGUGAAAAAUAGCUGUCAAAGAGAUUUCCUCCCUAUGCAUGAACCCCAUCAAUUCAGCAGCAGAAAGGGGAUCACGAGGGGCCUUUUCCGCUGGGUGUCCGGCAUGUCUAGAAGGUUAUUCAUUGUUGCGCAGAUAGAAUAUGAGAUCAUGGACAAGGAAGACAAUGGAGUUGAUGCUGCUUUUAGCAUAGGCAAUGAAAGCAACACCAGCUCAAUCUUACAAGUUGAUGAUUCUGCAUCACUGGUUCAGUCUUACAAGUUGAUGAUACUGUGCUUAGAAAUGCCUCGAUACCUUCAGAUCAAAGAAUGCUUAGGGAAGAGCUACAUAUAAGGAACCUGGCUCUUAUGUUGACGAGGUGGUGAGGGUCGUGGGCAAAUCCAAGGUUCUGGUGAAGGUCAUAGCCAAAUCUAAUGUUCUAGUGAAGAUAACUUCUUCUACAAUUAAUGGAAGCAAUGGUGGACACCUUCCUCGAGCUCUUCCUAGAACGGCUCGGCAUCCAGAAACGAAGUAGCAAAGCUGCAAAAAGUCUAGAGAAUUGCAUUGCAAGAUAUCAAUACAUUGGCAUUUUUGUAGCAAAUGCAUAACCACCUGAGAUUUUUCAGUUUCUCAGUGAUAGUCCAUGAUUUUGUUGUCCUGGCAGAUGGAAUAUGAAGGUCAUUUAUCAUAUGGCAUCAAGUGUAUCCUGGGUGAAACAAUGAAGUGUGUGAGAUAUUGGCAAUAUAUACUAUAAACAUGGCUGUCUUU